GGAGCCCAAUGUUAUAAAAUAAUACAAAUGAAUUUCUAAUCUGAAUCUGUGUUUCUCUCUCAUAUCCCUGAGGGGUGACCAGUCAGGUAUCUCGCUGCUGCAACUUCCCCUUAAAUAUAAAAAAACACAAAUAUUUCUGGUCUUCUCUUCUCUCAUUUCUCAGCACACACUUUCUGAUUUUCUCUCUCUUCUCUCUACUACCAACUUCCAAGCUACUAACUUAUUUUCAGUUUUUUUAAUUUUUCGAGGGAAAAAAUUAUGGAUGGUAAUGCGCAGUACAAUCCACGAACCGUUGAAGAAGUUUUUAAAGAUUUUAAGGGUCGUAGAGCUGGCAUGAUUAAAGCUCUUACUACUGAUGUUGAAGAAUUUUACCAGCAAUGUGAUCCUGAGAAGGAGAACCUAUGUCUCUAUGGAUAUCCAAAUGAGCAAUGGGAAGUGAACUUGCCAGCUGAAGAGGUUCCUCCGGAGCUCCCUGAGCCCGCUUUGGGUAUUAACUUUGCUCGUGAUGGUAUGCAAUCAAAGGACUGGUUGUCACUUGUUGCUGUUCAUAGUGAUGCUUGGUUGCUAUCUGUUGCCUUCUAUUUUGGUGCCAGAUUUGGAUUUGAUAAAACUGACAGGAAACGUCUGUUCAAUAUGAUCAAUGAACUGCCUACAAUAUUUGAGGUUGUUAGUGGAACUGCAAAGAAGCAAUCAAACUCAAAAGAAAAGACAUCUGUCUCAAACAACAGCAGCACCAAAUCCAAAUCUAACACUAAAUCAUCCAAGUAUUCUUCGAAAGGGACACCAGCAAAAGAUGAAGAAGAUGGUUUAGACGAGGAAGAUGAGGAGGAACACGGGGAUACUCUUUGUGGUGCCUGUGGAGAAAACUAUGCAUCAGACGAGUUUUGGAUCUGCUGUGACAUAUGUGAGAGAUGGUUCCAUGGGAAGUGUGUGAAGAUCACUCCAGCGAGGGCUGAACAUAUCAAGCAGUACAAGUGCCCAUCGUGCAGCAACAAAAGAGCUCGGCCUUGAGUUUUGCAUCUAAAGCUAGUGAAUUUGUAUCUUGCAUCGAUUGUACUCUACCCUUUUGUUGGUAAUGUAUUCCGCUCAUUGUCUAGGUGUUAGCUCAUAGUGCCAUGCGUUUUCAGGCGUUACGUUUCUGUCCAGCCAUGUGUUUAAAUUCAUUUAAUUUAAAUCAGCUAGUAUGCGGAUGGUAGAUGUUCUCAGUUGUGCAUUUGGAUAUAUCAUUAAUCUCUUUAUGUUUUAGGAAAGGUUCCUUCUAGGUUAACUUUGCUCCAACAUUCUGGAAUCAGUUGUAGAUUUUCAGAAUGCAAUUUAUUGUAUCCAGUGUUGUUAAAAUUGUUUCAUGUUUAUCAAUCACCAAUUUAUUUUGGGGUUGCUUGCCAAAUAGUUGUUGGAUUGUUUGACUAGUCGGAGCCUGGGGAUGUGAAAGUUUUGUUGACUUUUAACUGACCGGAUACAUGAGUGAUAGAGAUUUGUUUUUAACUGCAAGUGUACGGUGCACCUGUGGCUAAUGGGUUGAUUUCAGAAAAGCUAUUUAAUUAUUUUCCUAUUAUUAUUAGGCAAC